AUGCGUUAUAAAUAUCAGCGAGUGACCACUCGGAGACAUAUCGAGUUAGUAGUGUGGCAGCACCCGAGGCUGCGACUCUUUAGACAGUUUGGUGUUCAGUUUGUUUUAUCACCAGGAAAAAAAAUAGCAAACAUGUUAUUACUGCUACUAUUCAUGAUUGUUUGCCUCACAAUUUGGAUGUAUAUACAUUGGACGGGCGUAAGACAGUACUGGGCCAAAAGGGGUGUUCCCCAUCUUCCUCCUCACCCGAUCUUAGGAAGCCUCACUUUUCUACAGAAACAAAAUCCGGGAUUAUGGAUGCGCGAUAUGUACGAUCGAUUCAGGUCCCCUUACGUGGGCAUGUGGCUGUUCUGGAGGCCCGCCCUCAUCAUCAACUCCCCGGAGAUCGCGCGCAGGGUCCUCGUCAAGGACUCCGCCCUCUUCAGGGACCGUCUGCUGAGCUCUGGCAGAAGCGACCCCAUCGGCGGACUCAACUUGUUCACUGUUAACGACCCCCUUUGGACUACGGUAAGAAGACGCUUGACUUCUGUCUUCACAGCGGCAAAACUUAAAAUGACACAAGGACUAGUUUCCAUGAAGAACAGAGAACUGGUACAGCGGUUUGUAAAAGAGAUGAAUCAGAAUAAAUGCAUUAAUGUACGGAUGGUGCUGUCUGAUUACACAACAGACAUAAUCGGUAUGUCAGCGUUCGGUAUAAAGUGCAAUUCGACCCUCACUGGCGAGGGGCCCCUGAGGGCUAUCACGAAGGAGUUCAUGACCUACAACUGGUUCCGGGGGUUGAACUGGUGUUGCAUAUUCUUCAUACCGGAGCUUGCUGAUGUGCUCAGAUUUUCAUUGUUCCCAAAACACGUUACGCAGUACUUCAGAAAAAUCUUUCGCUCUAUGGUCGAUCAGCGAGGCGGAUUGGACGCGGAGAUUAGCGAGAGCAAGGACCUGCUCGACGCUUUGCUUAAAAUGAGACAAGAGUGCAAGAAGGAUAAUGAAGAUCUAUCUGAGGAUGUAUUAAUCGCCCAAGCAGCUAUUUUCCUUCAAGGGGGAUUCGACACAACGGCAUCUGCUCUGUCCUUCUGCUUCUACGAACUGGCAUUCGAGCCAGAUUUACAGGAAAAACUGCACAAGGAACUAACGGAUGCUGCAAGAAACAAUGGUAGCACGGAUUUUGAUGCAAAGCUGUUAUCUGAACUUGUUUACAUAAACUGCCUGAUGAAAGAAACCCUCCGGAAGUACGCGCCUAUGGGAUGGUUGGACAGAAUAGCAGCGAAGGAUUAUCAGAUCGAUGAAAAUCUUACAAUCACCGCUGGAACACCGAUUUACGUUAACGCGAUCGGCAUGCAUUACGACCCUGAUCUGUUCCCGGAGCCACAUAAAUUUGACCCGGAACGGUUCUUGCCGGAGAACGAAAAAGAUAUGAAAGCCUUCUCGUACAUGCCCUUUGGCGAGGGACCAAGGCAUUGUAUUGGCCGCCGCUUUGCCGAACAAAACUUCCGCUCCACCCUGGCGUCUAUUACGCUUAAUUUUAAAAUUCAACCCACUCCCAACGCACCGCCGCCUUCCGAAGUGGAAAUAGAGAAGAAGGGACUGUUUCUGAUGCCCGGCCAAGAUCUGUUAUUACAGUUCAUUCCAAGAAAC